AUGCAGCAACUGACCCGAGUUGCCAACGCCUUCAGACGGAACAAUUCUGUCUCUAAAACAUCCGCCAUGGCCUUACACGAUGUCGUGAAGACGUUCGACAAUGUACGGCAUGAUGGCCUGGUCUUCAAACUACAACGCUACAAUCUUCUCAGCUACAUGGUGAAAAUAAUCAACAAUGUCGGCAAGGACAUUCCGAGGCAGUAUUCUCGGGCCCCUGCUGUUCAACAUUUCACCUACGACAUGCCAGAGCCUCCAGAAGGCGGCAUUCUUUCUCUUCUCGCAGAUAACACCUUCAUCGUCUACAAUGAUAGAGUGAUCAGAGCGCUUGUGGCGCUUGUACCUCACCACCUGGAAGAUCUGUAUCAACGUGGCGAAGACUCGGUCAACAUUUUCCCCAACUCUAAAUCUCCUAAACAUGUUCCAUCUGGGGAAUGUAAAAACAUCCUCAAUGACACGACUAUGGAAUGGGCCAAUGAGGCCGACUAUCUUGACUUGAUCAUCGACAGCAGAAUACAAUACGUAAUCGUGGACGAAUGGCACUUCGAAGUUGCGGGAAAGAACUCUUCCAAGGGAGUCUUUGGACAACUUCAAUCAAAUUUAGUUGAGUUCUCAGCGUCUCCUUUGGCUUUACCCAACAAGGAGCGAUUAGUUGCUUAUGAUGUGACUGUUCCGUUUGUAACAUUGAAGGUUUUGACAAUUUUUCGACACCCGAAAAACACCCAAACUCGAAACAUUUUUCUGCUACCGUUUCGUAGUACCGUUUGGGAAGCAUUGCUAACUAUUUUGGUACUAACAUCCAUGGUUUUGAUGGCUUCUAUCCAUGGUAAGCUUCACAUUAUGUUAUUAGUUAAGGGACAAUGCAUACUACCAGUUCUGGGAUUUCUCUGUCAACAAACUUACAAGAGCAAUAUGUCCAAUUAUUCGUUUAGAAUUGCGAUGUUUGGAGUAACUGUAUUCAGUUUCUUUAUCUAUCAAUUCUAUUCAUCAUUCAUCAUCGGGUAUUUAUUAGUUUUGCCACCCAAAAACAUUCGUUCUAUCGAACAUUUGCUUGCUAGUAGUCUCGAAUACUCCAUCGAAGACCAAUCGUACAAUCGUGACUUUUUCAACCGAACCAGAAAUCCUACUGCAUUGGAGUUGCUCAAACAGACCUUCAACGACCAUCAAAUUUGCGAACUUCAGGAGAUUCUACUGUUUCCCUUUCGACCGUUAUACAUACCGGUGCCGAAGAAAAGUCCGUUGAAGGAGGUAUUUCGAGUCACUCUAAGACGAAUCCUUGAAACUGGCCUGGCGCAACGCUUGAAAAAUAGGUUUACCCCCGGAAAACCACCGUGUGUUAAGAAAGUUUUUUCCUUCGUGCAAGUUGAGUUCUCAGAUGUUGUUAGUUUGUACAUAUUUUUGGGAGUUGCCGGCGCUAUCGCAUUGUUCGUUUUUAUAGUAGAGGUGGUUUCGUUCCACACCAGGAGGUACUUGGAAAUGCAAAAUUUUAAGCGGAGAUAUCCGGUAUGGUUGGAUUAG